AUGUCAAAACUGCGACCUAAAGAAGAUAAUUGCGAAUUAGAACACGACAUUAACAAACAUAGUCAAAAUUUCGAGAAUCACAUGACUGCGCCCUCCGGUCGCCGUUAUGGGGAUAUGGGGAUCAAAU